GCAGGCGCACGCCGCGCCCAGCGCAUCGCCCUCGGCCACGGCGCGCCGCAACGCUCCCUGCGAAGACGGAGAGGCAAACGUGCCCCGCGUAGCUCGAAGCGGCUGUUGCAUGUCAUGGCUGUCAACACCACAGCCCCCACCGACCAGGUGUCCCCGUGCCUGCACCUCUCCGUGUACCACCCGGACAACGCGGUCGGCAACAUCUUCCGCCACCUGCCCCAGCAGGAGCGCAGGGACUACCCUUCCCACACGGUGCUCACCGUGGGCCGCCUCGACACGUGCCUGCUGCGUCUGCACUACCAGCGGGCGUCGCGCAUGCAGCUCCAAUUCGAGGCGGUGCGGCGGCGGCGGCAGCAGCCCACGUGGCAGCAGCAGGAGCAGCAGCAGCAGCAGGCGGGCUGCUCGGAGCUCGACGUGGAGCUGUCCUUCGAGGUGAAGAACCUGAGCAAGACCAUGGAGCUGCGGGUCAACGAGCAGCGCCUGGGCCACCUUGAGCGCGUCGCUCUGCCGCCCAGAAGCCUGCUCAUCUUCGGGAACUUCCAGCUGGGGUGCACGGUGGAGGCCGGCGAGUCCGUGGACUCGUUCGAGGUGCUGUGCGAGGUGGCCACCGUGCCCCUGCGGCAGGAGACCGGCGCGGACGAUUCGCAUGUCUGCGCUCCGAUGAUGGAGACCGGUGGCGGCGGUAAUGGUGGUGGCGACGACGGCAACGGUGGUGGUGGCGGCGAUGGUGUUGCACUUGCUAGCCCUCGUGGCUUGAGCAGUGGCAUCGGUGUGAGUGUUGCCAGCAGUGAUGAUAGUGGUAGUUAUAGUCGUGGUGGUCGUGGUGAUAGCGGUGGUGCUUGCGGCAGAGAAGAGGAGCGCGUUGGUCAGAAAGUAGAAGAUUGUCGUGCGUCAGUGGCUUCAAUCGCCGUCAAUCGCUGCAGGAUGCCGACUGAGAAUUAAGAAAAUGAUUUUUCCAGGUGCUAAGUGAUGAUUUAGUGGUGAUUAUGGACAUUACAACGGUAACGUCAAGUGGACACUUUGCCAAUACGUGUAUGUGUGUGAGCGCACUGCAGUGGCUUGCACGUUGGGCUACAAACACCCACAACCUCGAUUCAGUUCCUGACAAUGAGAGCACGGCACUGGUGUAAAUGGAUAGCGGAACCACGUCUGGCCCACCCCUAGGCUCCGAUUAGCACGGUUGGCCACGUACGGUGCGAAGGAACUUCAACAUACACACAUACAAAACACCGUGUUGAUGUUAGUUGUAGUAAGUGCUGAGGAACUGCAACCUAUGAUGGGCUCAGCUCAGUCAACAAUGACUGCACCAAAAAAAACCAUCACGUUGACUUUGCCUUGUCACUUCAUUCUGGCUUUUUUUUUCAGUAUUGAGACUUGAAAUAAAUUAUUGGUUUUUUUAUUGAUAUGGAGUAGACACUUUGCCAGGGAUGUGCCCGCUAUGUAGAUCAAUAAUACAACCUUUUGAAGUAUUCCCAAAAGUAGUUCGAUCUACCAGGAACUCUUCUGAUUUUUUUUUUAAACCCAUUCAUCCAAAACACUGGGGUUUGAAGGAAAAAAUAUAUAAUAGGCGACGUUUCGAGAGAUAGCCCUUGUUCAUGGCACGUACAACUGUGCAGUGACAAAGGUCCAUCGCCCGAAACGUUGUUCCCUUAAGGCAGUGCUAUUGACAAACGUGUUGAGUUUUUUUAAUGUUAAUUGUGCUCUUGCACUACUGCCAAUGCAGAAACAGCAUUGCCAAGUCACAAAGCACCACGGUGGUGAGAUGUUAACUACCUUGCCUGGUAUACAGGAGGUUAUGGGAUCGAUACCUACCCUGACGCCUGCUGUAUAUUUGGAAUUUGCAUGUCUCUUUCCCCGUGGCCACGUGGAUUUUUCUCCAGGUCCUACGGUUUUUCCCUCCACAUUUAUAAUCAACGUGCGUUUGGAGUAUUUGGCUGAUAUAAAUGUCCACGUGGUGAUAAGCCACUUCGUUGUUCUAUCAUUUUGUGGCCAGGUCGCUUAUGAAAUAGAGCUGUAUAGCUCGGUGAACCUUACCUUGUAAAAUAAAACAUUGUUUAGUUUACAUGUUUGCUGUUGACACGGUCAUGCUCUGUUCGCUGCACAUUCCAAAUGGAAAUUUGUGUUUGUGACACGAUGUUGAUGGCACACUUUGUAUACUUGGGCCAACACGUUUUCCCUCUACACAAUCGCACGACUUGAUAAUAUUGCUUCGUAAAAAAAAAAUUAAGCAACAAAUGUUUUCACCCGACUUGCGCUGUGAACGUCCCAUUGGAAAUGUUUUUUUAAGUCGGCAGGCUUCUGCCAAAUUCGGUGGACUUGGCAAAUGAUGAAAUUUUUAUAUAAUUAGGGAAAAAUCGUAAAAAUGUGUGCCUUUGUUCGUAAUAUUUACGGUUUAUUUCUUACGCACAAAUGCAUGACUGGUGCAGCGUCUUGACGUACAGUUUUAUUUUGUCUUGUGAAAAUGGUUUUCAACCAGAGCUUUGAAGCGACAGAAUUUAAUCUCAAAUUGUGAUGGCGCUCUCCUUAUGUUAAAUGUCGAAUUAUGUAUAUUAUUGUGUAGAAAUAAGUUGUUUUGAUGAAGUGGUUUGUCUCAAUGCUUGGAAAAGGCAGGGAAGUAUUAUUUUUGAGGAAAUGAUUUGUGCUAAGACCGUAGCAGUGUGUGGUUGGUUCUUUGAAAUACUCCAGACGUUUCAUUGUAAACAUCUUGAUUAAGUUAUGAAAGCGCACAAUGUUUGUAUGUGUGUAUGUGCGCUGCUUAAAUGUAUGGUCAUCCACAAAUCAAAUUUAUAUUAUACACGGAAGGCACAAGGUCUACAAAGGAUUGUAAUGUAAAAUGCAUGUGCUUCUUCCCAUCCAUUAAGCAACGCUGCGUUUCAUCUUUCAGACCAUACAAGACCACUUGGGAAUCCCACGAUAUACCAUGCCAGUUUUAUAACUUAUAUUGCUAUGAAUUUCAAAGACGUGCUGUGACUCGAUAGUCCGGAGGCCAUUGUGCUCAGCCAGCAAGUGCUGAGAUCUUGGCUUCGAUUCCAGGGUUUGACCGCGUGCGAUUGAACCAGGUGCUCAAGUGUAACGAGUUGAUGGUCUCAGCCUGGUCAAUAAUGACCUCACGCAAAUGAAAAAACCAUGUAACAUUCAUUUGUCCGUGAAAUUUGGCAAAAUGUCCAGGCUCUGGGAAUUAGGAAUGUCAGUUUUGAGUUUUGUGGUAUGAACAUUAAUGUCGUUUAGAAGAGUGGGUGGGAAAAGUGCUGCACCCUAUUGUGUGGACUCGAGUCACUUGGAGGGAAUUUAGUUGCAAGCCCUCUGAUGUCUCUGCUUCCACAGUUGGGAUGAACACCAGUAUAUAAUGUGAAGUAAUAAUAUGGUGGUAUUAGUUAACCUGUGCUGCCAAGUCGGUACUGAACCCAACGAAAAAAAUAAUUAUCUCCGAGGUCAAUCGAGCAUUUGGGUGUAGACACGCUGCUGCUGAGAACUCUGCGCGAGUGAUGGGGAUUCCACAUUCUCAUGACGUGCAUAAAUCGCUUCGUAGGGACAACUAAUGUUGACAUCCCACAAAGCGGCACACAUUUAACAACCUCGAUGACGUGGCCGAGCUGAAGCUCGUCUGCAGCUUCUUUUAGAAGUUCGCGGUUCGAGUCCAGUGGCUUUUCUGGUUAAUACUAAGGGUGUAUUAAACUUCGCAGUGAAUGAUAAAGACACUUUGAUGUUGUUGAUAAGGAUACUCGCAAAUUACUUAAUUCGGAAAACAAUUUUAACUUUUUUUUUUUAGGCAAGUGGCGCAUUCACCUUGUGCUACACAGAGGCAGCUUCCAAUGGCGGGGGGGGUCCCCUUGGCUCGACUGCAACAGGGAAUUUGAAUGGUCGAGCUGAGAUGCUCUGAAAUGUGAAGGCCUUGAAGCGAGCGCCCUUCGAGUGUAAAUCCUUAUGCCCAACCCUGGACUGGGAUGGAAAGCUGCAACAUUUUUUUAUUGAGUUGAGCCACUCCAGCGACAGAGCCACCUGGCCAGAUUUAGACUUGGCUGCUCGGGGAAUAAUUAUACACUUAAUUGGAAACUACUUUACUAUAGGAAGCUGUAGCUAAUUACGCAAAUUAGUGAUUUCAAUUCGCUUGCCAGAAGAGCUAAUUAUGCAAACCAGGCAACGGGGAUCAUUGCAGCAUUGUUCAUUAAACUAACAACGGUUUGCCCUGGAGCUCAUUGGCAGAAUUUCUCAACAGUUUUUUCCAGAAGUGAAAAACAUUUAGAUAAAUGUACUUUUUUUAUGCAUUUCCCCCCCCCCCCCCCCCCCCCCCACAUUUGAAUUGUGCUAUUGGCGACUUGUCCAUUCUGAGCUAGCACAUUACGGAGUGUUAGAAAAGGGGGCCUUUGGAAAGAGAUAUUAUUUAGCUACUUCUGAAAUCUAUUUAUCGAGUGCCACCUCUACAGAAAAUUAUGCAUCCUAUACUAUCAGCAAUACUCUACACCAGUGGUUCUGGGGUGUGAUACAUAGCCGGAUUUUUUUAGAAGGUAAAUAAUGGAAAAUGGAUUAAGCACGGGCACGUAAUACAGGUAGGAACAACAGGUUCCACACUGCCCACCAGGGAUUAUUUGUCUGUCUGUCGUGCAUAUUUGUCUGUCGUGCACGAAUGCGCUGUCCAAGUUCCUACCUGCCCACUCCGAAGGAACGUGUUUUACAACUACAUUGUUUCACCAAACCUCUGUGUUUAUUAACAUUAUACAUGUUUUUUUUUACGAUUGAGGCCCAAAGCGGUGCAAGGCUGCCAUAAAGGUUAAGUAAGAACCACUGCUCUGCACAAACUCAUUGCGUUGCUUGGUUUUGUAAAGCGGAGCAUCGGGCGGUGUGGAUUUUUCAGUUUGUUUGUGAAUUGAGGACAUUACCACCGAGUUGCCCAAGCCAUCCGGAAUGUGGCAGCGUUGCGUAAAGGCAACUUUCCAAAGGGCACGUCGGGAAAGUUCCCGUUUUAAGAAGUUCGCACAAAUGCAACAAAAUCGUAAUUCGCAAUGCUGAUGUGUUCGUGUGAAGCGUUUCUCGGCAGGACCACUUUAAACGGAUCAACUCAAUAUGGUGAAUGUAUUUUCACACGUUUGUACUGGAGUCGUAUUAAGAGUAUUGUUUAUGUUUUCUUUGUGUUGUAUCAUUAUUGUGGAAUAGAUGAUUUUGUUUUACUUCGACUCGGCUGUAUACUCUUGUACUCAAUAUGGGAGAGCCCUGUUCCGCUUUGAUGGCUUCUACAUUUACUGAAAACCUUUGUAGAAAAUAAAAAACCUGCGUAUUUGUAUAUGGAUUAGAAACUAAAAUAACGUAACUUGUCAUGCUGUGUAACGUAUUGUCGUGUAGGCCAUCGGUCGGUUCUCAAAAUCGGACCCCCCCCCCCACUCGCCCCCCCCCUCUCGCUGUUCCCCCCAUCGCCCCCCCCCAUCCCCCCUCGCCCCCCCCUCCAUCCCCCUUCGCCCACCGCUCGAUCGCCCACCACCCCUCCCCUCAUCCUACACAGCUGACGUUUAAAGCAAUAGUAGUAGGUUUUUACCAUUUUAAACUGGAUAAAAACCUACUACUAUAUUUUGCCACUGGUAAAAGAGAUCUCAUAGAGUUUAAAGCAAUGUGUAGGCUUAGGUGUGGAUUACCUUGGUUUAACUAUAUUGUUUGAAUUCAUGUUAUUUGUGUGUGCAUGUUAUUUAUGCGUUGCUAUGCCAUAACAUUGCCGAAAUGUUCCUUAGGUUUUAACAGCAUUAAUUUUUAAAAAUACUUUUUCAAGAUGGUUCUGCAUUGGGGAUGUCUGACCCACAAUGCCUUUUAAUAGUUGGAAUUUUAUAUGUUCAUGUCGUGACGAAUGUACAUGUUGUGACGGCGCUACAAUGCAAAUGAGGGGUUCUGAUAUCGAAUCGUUGUCCACAAGCGACGACAAUUUGUCAUAUCACAAGGGAAUCAUACUGUCGCAUGCCUCGUGAUAGUCACGCGAGGGUUACUGGUUAGCAUCAUGGCUUUUUGCCUUAGGAAUGUGGAAUUUCCACCAUUGGCUUGGCUACCAAUGAUUUGAGUGCAGCCAAUCAAUGGCAAUGAGUGUGGAGAUAGUAGUACUAUUGGUUGUGACUACUAAUUGCCUUUAACGCUAUAGAUGUAACAUCACGGUGUAGUGCGUUGCUUUAUUAGAGCCGCAAUUAAAGUGCCUCCUUAAAUUGUGUUGUUGCUCGUAACACAAGUACAUUAUCCACAGUGCACGUGUUUCAGAACACCCGGUCGGCAAUGUACCCUGCUAUAAAACGUGAUUUGAGAUGUUACUGUGCGUGUAUAUUACGCACGUUAUGCCUAUGUGUAUCAAACUGUAUUACUGCGAACUAAAUGGGAUUGCAUUUGACGCAAAGUGAGCGCUGUCAACCGGCUGUUUGUGGGCAAAAUCCCAGUGUUGUGUUACUGAAUCGGCCGAUGCUUUCGCAUAAAUAAAUAAAUGCAUAUGUAAAUGCCUUGUGUAUUCAACAUUGUGUAUUUAAA